CUCUCCUGCUUUCACAGUGCAGCACGGCCGCGUGCUCGGGUACCCACUCCUCCCCUCCGCCCAUCAAACAAAACCCAGAGAGGCAGGCGCGCCCUGCAGCCGGCGACACCCACGGGAGAAACGGCCACACCACCACACGCUCGUACCACAGCGAAACAGUGAGCACGGCCGCGCACCGCGCGUCCCCGCCGCUUCCUUCCCUCCCGACGCUUCCUUUUCCUCCCUCAAGUCCCAGCGCCCUCACCCCCGCGCCAGGAACGCGCCUGCGCAGAAGUUGCCCUCGCCCUCCUCCCCCGCCCUUCCUUCCCUCGGCUCCUCCACUGGUGCCCCGCCUUCCUUUCUCUCUAGUCGGUUUCACUGAGCACUCCAGGUUGGGAGCAGUUCAGUCGAUUUCCCCGCUACCCCGCCCCCCUUCCUCUUGGCUCCCCACCCCUCCCAUCUCCAGCCCGGUGGAGGAUGAAGCGGCUGCAGUGGCCCCAGCCCCAGCAGCGGCACCGGCGGUGGCUGCGGUGGGGGUGGCCGGAACUAGGGUGGUGAAGAAGCGGUGGCGGUGGCGGCGGCGGUGACUGAAGGAGCGGCAGCCGCCCCAGCCGCUUCCUCUGUGCUUCCCUUCCUCUUUAGUGCAGCCAGGAAGUUUUUCACUUCUGUGCAUGUGUGUGUGUGUGUGUGUGCGUGAGUGUGGGUGUGUAAGGUGAGGGCUUGGGGCGGCGUUUGUGCAGGCGUUGAGUUUUUUGCCCACUUCGCUUCCCGUAACCCGGGCAGCUCCGGAGCCGGGGCUGUGGCCCGAGGAGGGGGCGCGGCGGCGGGCUCUCUCCUUUUGUUGUUGUUUCCUCCGCCUGGGGAGCUGAAGGGGGGACGCGCCUGGGUGGGGCGGCUCGGAGCCCGGGCCUGGUGGCCCCUGGGGCUCCCGGGCGAGCUGGGUAGGGCUGAGUAGAUCGGGCUUCAACAUGAUGGCGGCCGAGGCCGGCAGUGAGGAGGGCGGCCCGGUGACCGCCGGGGCAGCAGGAGGCGGCGCAGCCGCGGGCUCGAGUGCCUAUCCGGCAGUAUGUAGGGUGAAGAUACCCGCGGCCCUGCCUGUGGCUGCCGUACCCUAUCCUGGGCUGGCGGAGACCGGAGUAGCCGGGAACCUGGCUGGCGGAGCCGCUUUGGGGUCAGGGUUCCUGGGAGCCGGGUCUGUGGCAGGGGCAAUGGGGGGAGCCGGACUGUCAGGGGGAGGUGCUGCCGCUGGCGUGGCUGGCGCCGCUGCCGGACUUGGAGAGAUGGGUCUCGCCAAGGGGACCACUUCGUUGCCUGCUGAGACCUUCGGGGCAGGCGGCGGAUUCCCUCCUCUGCCGCCUCCUCCUCAGCUGCCCCCUUUGGGCGCCGGCCUGGGAACGGUGGACGAAGGUGACUCUCUGGAUGGACCAGAAUACGAGGAAGAAGAGGUCGCCAUCCCGUUGACUGCUCCUCCAACUAACCAGUGGUAUCAUGGAAAACUUGACAGAACUAUAGCAGAAGAGCGCCUCAGGCAGGCAGGGAAGUCCGGCAGCUACCUUAUAAGAGAGAGUGAUCGGAGGCCAGGCUCCUUUGUACUUUCAUUCCUUAGCCACACAAAUGUUGUCAACCAUUUUAGGAUUAUUGCUAUGUGUGGUGAUUACUACAUUGGUGGAAGACGUUUUUCUUCACUGUCAGACCUAAUAGGUUAUUACAGUCAUGUUUCCUGUUUGCUUAAAGGAGAAAAAUUGCUUUAUCCAGUUGCACCACCAGAGCCAGUAGAAGAUAGAAGGCGUGUUCGAGCCAUUCUACCUUACACAAAAGUUCCAGACACUGAUGAAAUAAGUUUCCUAAAAGGAGAUAUGUUUAUUGUUCAUAAUGAAUUAGAAGAUGGAUGGAUGUGGGUUACAAAUCUAAGAACAGAUGAACAGGGCCUUAUUGUUGAAGACUUAGUGGAAGAGGUGGGCCGGGAAGAAGAUCCACAUGAAGGCAAAAUAUGGUUCCAUGGGAAAAUUUCCAAACAAGAAGCUUAUAACUUAUUAAUGACAGUUGGCCAAGUCUGCAGUUUUCUUGUGAGGCCUUCAGACAAUACUCCUGGUGAUUAUUCACUUUACUUUCGGACCAAUGAAAAUAUUCAGCGAUUUAAAAUAUGUCCAACACCAAACAAUCAGUUUAUGAUGGGAGGCCGAUAUUAUAAUAGCAUUGGGGACAUCAUAGAUCACUAUCGAAAAGAACAAAUUGUUGAAGGGUAUUAUCUUAAGGAACCUGUACCAAUGCAGGAUCAAGAACAAGUACUCAGUGAUACAGUGGAUGGCAAGGAAAUCUAUAAUACGAUUCGUCGAAAAACAAAGGAUGCCUUUUAUAAAAAUAUUGUUAAAAAAGGUUAUCUUCUGAAAAAGGGCAAAGGAAAACGGUGGAAGAAUUUAUAUUUUAUCUUAGAGGGCAGUGAUGCCCAACUUAUUUAUUUUGAAAGUGAAAAACGAGCUACAAAACCAAAAGGAUUAAUAGAUCUCAGUGUAUGUUCUGUCUAUGUUGUUCAUGAUAGUCUCUUUGGCAGGCCAAACUGUUUUCAGAUAGUGGUUCAGCACUUUAGUGAAGAACAUUACAUUUUUUACUUUGCAGGAGAAACUCCAGAACAAGCAGAGGAUUGGAUGAAAGGUCUGCAGGCAUUCUGCAGUUUACGGAAAAGUAGUCCAGGGACAUCUAAUAAACGCCUGCGUCAGGUCAGCAGUCUUGUUUUACACAUUGAAGAAGCCCAUAAACUCCCCGUAAAACAUUUUACAAAUCCAUAUUGUAACAUCUACCUGAACAGUGUCCAGGUAGCAAAAACUCAUGCAAGGGAAGGGCAAAACCCGGUAUGGUCAGAAGAGUUUGUCUUUGAUGAUCUUCCUCCUGACAUUAACAGAUUUGAAAUAACUCUUAGUAACAAAACAAAGAAAAGCAAAGAUCCUGAUAUCUUAUUUAUGCGCUGCCAGUUGAGCCGGUUACAGAAAGGGCAUGCCACAGAUGAAUGGUUUUUGCUGAGCUCCCAUAUACCAUUAAAAGGUAUUGAACCAGGAUCCCUGCGUGUCCGAGCACGAUAUUCUAUGGAAAAAAUCAUGCCAGAAGAAGAGUACAGUGAAUUUAAAGAGCUUAUCCUGCAAAAGGAGCUUCAUGUAGUCUAUGCUUUAUCACAUGUAUGUGGACAGGACCGAACACUACUGGCUAGCAUCCUACUGAGGAUUUUUCUUCAUGAAAAGCUUGAAUCAUUGUUGUUAUGUACACUAAAUGACAGAGAAAUAAGCAUGGAAGAUGAAGCCACUACUCUAUUUCGAGCCACAACACUUGCGAGCACCUUGAUGGAGCAGUAUAUGAAAGCCACUGCUACACAGUUUGUUCAUCAUGCUUUGAAAGACUCAAUUUUAAAGAUCAUGGAAAGCAAGCAGUCUUGCGAGUUAAGUCCAUCAAAGUUAGAAAAAAAUGAAGAUGUGAACACUAAUUUAGCACACCUAUUGAACAUACUUUCAGAACUUGUGGAGAAAAUAUUCAUGGCUUCAGAAAUACUUCCACCGACACUGAGAUAUAUUUAUGGGUGUUUACAGAAAUCUGUCCAGCACAAGUGGCCUACAAAUACGACCAUGAGAACAAGAGUUGUUAGUGGUUUUGUUUUUCUUCGACUUAUCUGUCCUGCCAUCCUGAAUCCACGGAUGUUUAAUAUCAUCUCAGAUUCCCCGUCUCCUAUUGCUGCAAGAACACUGAUAUUAGUGGCUAAAUCUGUGCAGAACUUAGCAAAUCUUGUGGAAUUUGGAGCUAAGGAGCCCUAUAUGGAAGGUGUCAAUCCAUUUAUCAAAAGUAACAAACAUCGUAUGAUCAUGUUUUUAGAUGAACUUGGGAAUGUACCUGAACUUCCGGACACUACAGAGCAUUCUAGAACUGACCUGUCUCGUGAUUUAGCAGCACUGCAUGAGAUUUGUGUGGCCCAUUCAGAUGAACUGCGAACACUCAGCAAUGAACGGGGUGCACAGCAGCAUGUACUGAAAAAGCUCCUGGCCAUAACAGAACUGCUUCAACAAAAACAAAACCAGUAUACAAAAACUAAUGAUGUCAGGUAGCAGCCUUCGCCCAAGUGCAGCACGCCCAACACGGUAAUUCACGUCAGUAUAAUGUCUCCUUUGCUCUUGCCAAAAAAUAGCACACUUUUCCACAUUCCAGUGAUGUGUGAGCUAUGCAAACAAAAUCCAAGAUUCUGCUGGUGAGUAACUGUGCCAGCAGCUUUUUGUAAGCUACCUGUGCAGGAUAUUUGCACUUUUUCCACAUACGGAAUCAAUCUUUACCAACUUCUGAGCCUUGGUGUACAGAUCACCUUUCACACAACAAAAUGCUAUGACUGUAUCUUGAACUUGGAAAAUGUAUUUUCCCUACAUCCAAUUGCCAAAAAAAGAACUAUGAAACCAACUGACAAGAAAAAGGAUUCUGUUGACAAUUGAGGAUAACUGGAGCACUGACUGUUCUUACUGUAACUCCUUCCUCAUUAGGAAUACGACCGUUUGACUGUUCAUUGACUAUUUGUAUUUACAGUUUCCAGAGUUUGCCAUUAUAAUAGGAACAAUCUUUGCUGUAUACUUUUUUAAAAUACUGUGCUAUUUCUCUUGCUGGAACUGUUGAAAGAAAAUAUAUAGAAUGGAUCUAUUGCUCAUCAGCUUUAUUUUUUAAACAUACCACUUAUUUUGUUGGAAUUGUCAAAGACUGUAUUUAGAUCUCAUGAUGCUUUCGUUACAUGUUUACAACAGUAAAUAGUUUGAAUUCAAUAAAUAUUAUUGGUCGUUGUACUGAUCAAGGCAUGUUCCCCAUUCAUCCAUUGUAUACAUUACCAAUUUAUUUUGUGUUUAAAAACACCUGGAAUGCUUUUGUUGAAAGUAUUCAUUUCCAAACUGAUGUUUUUAAACAGUUCUCCAUCUUUGAACUUCUGACUACUUGUUCUAUCUGCUGCAUAUUUAGUUUGUAUAGUUUUAUUUGCUUCUGUAUAUGUAUUUUUGUGAAGUAUUCACAAGGGUUAAGUUAAAAUAAAACCAAGGGAUAUCUUGAAUAAUUGUCUAAAUCCA